AUGGCUAGGCACGCUGGUUCCCCCAGCAAGGCGUUCCGAGUGCUCAAAGAUCACUUCCUACCGUUGAGCCAGAGUCAGAUUCGUGUGCAAGAGGAGAAACUCAAGUCAUUGCGCAUGCGUUCGAAUGAGAAUCCCUCCAUCUUCUUUACAUCUAUGAGAGAGACGCUUGGUGUGCUUCAGAUGCUGGAAGUUAAGAAAGAUGACAGAGAGGUAUGCAACCUGAUGCUCGAGGGAUUGUCACAUGAGUAUAAUAAGACCCUGCGUGAAACUCUGGUGGUGUUCUGUCCGAAUGAUCCAUAGUUCAUAGAGACUAAAGUGCGUGAGAGGUAUCUCGACUUGCUGACUCAACCUGGUCCGAAGAAACACAGUGUUGCACUCAUGUCUAGACCUGUGAGGAAGAGUGCGAAGAAGCAGAACCAGNCCGUCGUUCAUAGAGACUAAAGUGCGUGAGAGGUAUCUCGACUUGCUGACUCAACCUGGUCCGAAGAAACACAGUGUUGCACUCAUGUCUAGACCUGUGAGGAAGAGUGCGAAGAAGCAGAACCAGAAGUCAAAGUCUAACUCCGAGUCUGAUUCGUCUAGAAAAAGAUUUUUCAGGGGAAGUGUUUCAAGUGUAGGGAGAAGGGUCAUUUGAAGAUGGACUGCCUGGCUCUGGCUCGUGUGAUAGCUCAUCCCUCUCAGACCGGACCAUCCGAGGACGACAAGGAUGAGAACGGUGAGAAGUCUGACUUGGUGUUGUUGUUAUCUCAAGCCAACUCAAGCGAAUGGAGUGGUGGCAAGUACAUUGCAGCAAUGUAUGCCAAAAUCAUGCAGAAGUGGCAGGAGUCCCGUGGUAGCAGUAGAAAUGAUGCUGUUUUGGAACACCAUGAUACCAUGUAUCUUGAAGCGUUGUAUACCGAAGCAGAGGAUGAGUUGAAGAAGUACGUCGGCAGUGACCGUGUUGUCCGUGAUUCUAUUCGCG